AUGGAGCGCUUAACCCGUAUCAUUCCGAGGGCCAAGCUGCCGAACUUGAUGAAAUACAAGUUCCAAGCUGGGCUCACGACCCCCAUGGACGAGAUGAUGAACCGAUUCUGGUGGACUCCUAUUGCUAAAAUGCUGCCCAGGUUCGUAUCUCCAAACGUGGUGACCUUGAUGGGAGGACUUUGCAUGUUCGUAACGAACUUCUGCAUCUUCAUGUACAUGCGCCGGCUUGACAGCAACACCACUCCCACGUUUAUGCCGACGUUGGCGUCGGUGAUGACGCUGCUGUACUUGACCUUCGACGGAAUAGACGGGAAACAGGCGAGAAAGUUGGGCAUGAGCUCGCCUUUGGGACAACUGCUGGACCACGGUAUUGACGCCGUCGUGACGGUGUUCUACCCGUACAUCUGCUGCACGCUGUACCCGGGCGGGUACACGUUCACGAUCUUCCUUCUGCUGUCGAUAGCACCGAUCCAUGUGUUGUGCACGGUGUGGCGCGAGAGCGAGUUCGAGACUUUCGACUACACCAACGGCAUACUGGGCGUCACGGAGGCCAACUUCUUGGUGAUCGGGCUCCAGGCGAUAAACCACUACGCCCGCCCCCAUUUCGCCACGAAGGUGGCGACUCUGUUCGGAGGCCACCCGGUCUUCGCAUUCCUAGGAGCUUACUUCCCUACCGUGCAUGAGCUCCACAACGCCAUGCUCUACGUGAUUCUGGCCGUGGCGUACUUCGAGGCUUCAUACGGCAUCAUCGGACUCACCUACCGCACGAGCUACAAGCUGCAAUACCUGGCCUUCAUGUUAUCGUCAUUCGUGCACUCAGUUUCGGCGUACUACCUCGUGUACACGCUGCCCGCCGAGUCACGCAACGUUGGCUGCAUAUUCGCCUCCAUGUUUGCCUCCAUCGUCUGCGUGAACAACAUCAUCCGCCUCCUCACCAAGUCAUCGAUGCGCCUGGUACACUGGGGACUGCUGCCCCAGUACCUGCUGCUUGUGCAGUACUUCGGCGUCGGGCUGCUCCGGAAAUACGGACUCGUCCUGGAGCCCGCGGCGUUCCACCGGAUGCUGCUGGGUGCGGCCAUCUACGGCACCCUGUAUCUGAUAUACGUGUUCGUGAAGACGAGCUGCGAGAUCACGGAGUACCUCGGAAUUCCCUUGCUGACCGUUCCGGCCUCGGCCCGCCGGGUCAAGUCGUCAUAA